GUCCCAAACACUUGAAAAAAUAAUAUCUGUUUUAUCUAUUUAACAGAGUAAUCAAGUGCAGUAUCAUCAUUCACAUAACAACUUCUCCUAAUUAAGAGACAUAGAGAUGCCGAUUAGCCAGAGAGUUCUGAAGCAGGUUGCUGCCUUUCCGGUUGUCUUAGCCAUCGUUUGCUAUUUCUUCUGGCCAUCAAUCAUCGCGCCGGACCACCUAAAGGGCUCGAAGGACAUCCUCCAAGCGGCUAAGACCAUUCCUCUCCCUGGUGAUGGACCAGAGAGCUUAGAAUUUGAUUCACAAGGUGAAGGCCCUUACGUUGGCGUCACUGACGGUCGCAUCCUCAAAUGGCGCGGUGAAGAGCUAGGCUGGGUUGAGUUCGCCCACUCUUCUCCUCACAGAGAUAACUGUUCGAGGCAUAAAGUAGUUCCAAGUUGUGGGAGACCAUUGGGACUUAGCUUCCAUAAGAAAACAGGAGAUUUGUACUUCUGUGAUGGUUACUUUGGGGUCAUGAAGGUCGGACCAGAGGGAGGCUUGGCCGAGUUAGUUGUUGAUGAAGCCGAAGGUCGCAAAGUCAUGUUUGCGAACCAAAUGGAUAUAGACCAAGAGGAAGACGUCUUCUACUUCAAUGAUAGCAGCGAUAAAUACCACUUCGAGCAAGUGUUCUACGUGUAUAUGUCCGGGGAGAAGACGGGAAGAGUAAUUAGAUACGAUAUGAAGAAGAAAGAGGCCACAGUUGUAAUGGACAAACUUCAUUUACCUAAUGGUUUAGCUCUAAGCAAGGACGGGUCGUUUGUACUCACCUGCGAAAGUGGUACAAAUACUAUCCACAGAAUAUGGGUCAAGGGUCCUAAAGCCGGGACCAACGAGGUUUUUGCAAAGAUCCCGGGUCCUAUGGACAAUAUCAGACGCACGCCUACGGGAGAUUUUUGGGUCGCGUUGCACUCCAAGGACAGUUUGUUCACUCGUGUGUUUCUGAGUCACUCUUUGGUCGGAAAGUUUUUCAUCAAGACGCUGAAGGUGGAGACUGUGGUUCAUCUCAUUAAUGGAGGAAAACCUCAUGGAAUUGUUGUGAAACUCUCUGGAGAGACAGGAGAGAUUCUUGAGACACUUGAGGACAGUGAAGGGAAGACGAUGAAGUAUGUUAGUGAAGCUUACGAGAGAGAAGAUGGCAACUUAUGGUUUGGGUCUGUGUAUUGGCCGGCCGUUUGGGUGCUUGAUAAUUCUGUUUACGGUCUCAAAUGAGUUAGCAAAUGCAAACAAAAAGUAAUAAUUUGGUGGUAUGAUCUUCUUUUUUCUAACUUGUUAGAAGACAUGCAUCUUCCUUUGUACCUUCUUGUUGUUGUGUGAGUGGACUUUGAUUUGUUGGUUUA